AUGACGUGUGUGCAGCUUGCACAGGCCUCUAAGCGGCAGCUAACAAAGGCACAACAGCUGGAAUCCGUUGAGUUUACGGAUCAACUGCUCUUGCUGCGUCACGGGGAACGACUGGACCACGUGGAUCGGGCAUGGCGGACCACCUCGCUGUUACCAGAGACCGAUCCCCCGCUCUCUGCUGCUGGUCGACGGCAGGCGCUUGAGACGGGGCUCAUGUUUUUUCGCAAACGAAAGCAUGGGAAGGUACGACAGCGGGCGUUAGGGAUGAUUUCAUUGCUGCUUUUUUCCCCCUUUCACCGUUGCGUUGAGACAGCUCUCAUUGUGAACAUCGUCGGCUUCGACGGGAAGCUUGCCAUGUUUGUCGACCCCUUGUUGUCAGAAUGGCACUCCACAAAGUUGUUUUCCCGUCCACCGAGGUUGGGUGGUAGGUAUAUUUUUACCACAGACACAAUCAACUUUCGGCCACACUGGGAAACUUUGUGCGCAUCUUUGGGGACGUUUUUUCGCUCUGCUGGGGGUGUCACAGAAGACGGCAUUGACGAGGUCAUGGCCACGCGAUGGCUGUCGGUGCUUGAGGCGCGAUGUGUACAGAAGCCUUCUUUUCUAGUUUGGACCUCCGCCUCGAUGCGACAGUCGUUGCACAGGAAUGCUUGCGCUCAGGGUGGUGGUGCGGUGCAUCGUGUUUUGGGCGGCACUAGUGGUGACCUCACGGGUAUUAACUACCCGGAGAACACGACACAUAUGCUGCGUCGAGUUGGGGAGGCUAUUCAGGUGCGUUUUGACGCCAAGGAAGGGAAAGCUGCUGGGGUGCCCAUAUGUGUUAGGGAGGCUGAGGUGCAGGAAGCAAAGCAUUUGCCUCGUAGAUUUGUGCAUCGAUCAGUGAUGGGGUCAGCAAUAACAACGGCACGUGAAGAAAGUGCGAUGCUGUUGCCCCCAGCCCGUAUUAUGAUGGUGACACACGCGGAGGCAGUGGCGUUGGCGGUGAAGCACUGUUGCCCCAGGUACCAUAGCCUGGAUAGCCGGGUUUCUGUCCCAUACUGCAGCCUCACCUCUCUGAUGCGUGUGAAUGAUUAUUACCGCGCCCUUGACGAUGAGGCACUCGCCGCGCGGAGGCCUCGCAAAGAGUCGGAGAAGUCGUGGAGUGUGACGAUGGCAGGGUCUACAGAUCAUCUACAGACACCUAUUUUUUUGCAUUACAGCUAG